AUGGCCGACGGCCGGCGCGUGGCCAUCGUCACGGGCGCGACGCGCGGCAUCGGCAAGGGCAUCGCGCUGGAGCUGGGCCGCGCGGGCUACGCCGUGCACGCCGUCGGCCGGUCGAGCCGGUCGGAUCCGGACCGCGACGAGCUGACCGUCGAGCGGACCGCGGAGCAGGUCGACGCGUUGGGCGGCCGCGGCGCGGCGCGCGUCUGCGACUGCGGCGUCGAGGGCGCCGUGGAGGCCAUGGUCGCCGACGUCGUCGCCGCCGAGGGCCGCCUCGACGUCCUGGUCUGCAGCGCCUACGCCGUGCCGUCGCAGAAGUUAAGGGACGACUUUUGGAAGCAAGGGAUGGCGAUGUGGGACGCCGUCAACGGCGUCGGCCUCCGCGCGGUCUACGCGUCGUGCCUCGCCGCGGCGCCGCCCAUGAUCGAGACCGCGCAGAAGCACGCCGACGCGACACCGCUCAUCGCCCUCGUGAGCUCCUUCGGCGGCAAGAGCUACACGUUCAACGUCGCCUACGGCGUGGGCAAGGCCGCCGUCGACCGCCUCGCGGGCGACAUGGCCCUCCAGCUGAAGAAGCACGGCGUCGCUACUACGGCGUUAUACCCGGGUUUGGUGCGGACCGAGGCGAACCUGGAGAUGGUCGACAUGGGCACGUGGGACGAGGCGAGCGGCGGCCUGGACCUCGCCGUCGGCGAGACGCCGGCCUUCAGCGGCCGGGGGCUCGUCGCGCUCCUGGGCCUGCCCCAGGCGGACCUGCUCGCCCGGAGCGGGAACGUCGAGGUCAUCGCGGAGCUCGCGGACGAGUUCGGCUUCGACGACGUCGACGGCGCGCGGCCCUGCUCGAUCCGGUCCCUGCGGUACCUCCUGCCCAACUUCGUCUUCCCCCAGGUCGAGAAGGAGGCGGGCAAGCCCGUGCCGGCCUGGAUCCGGGACAACGUCCCCGACGUGCUCCUCCCCUGGUCCGUCUUCUCCGCGGGGCCGCCGCCGGAGCCCGCGGACUAA